AUGAAUUAUAGGAAUAUGCAGCAAUGCCAAAACAAUAACAUUGGCAAUGAUAACUAUGACAACACCAAUAACAAUAGCAGAGGCAGCCAGAAUAGCAACGACAACAACAAUAGCAGCAACAACGGCAACGACAAUAGCAGCAACAAUGACAACGACAACGACAAUAGCAGAGGCAACGACAACGACAAUAGCAGCGACAACGACAACGACAAUAGCAGCAACGUCAAUGGCAACGACAAUAGCAGAGGCAACGACAACGUCAACGACAACGACAAUAGCAGCGACAACGACAACGACAAUAGCAGCAACGUCAAUGACAACCACAAUAGCAGCAACAUCAAUGACAACGACAAUAGCAGAGGCAACGACAACGACAAUAGCAGCAACGUCAAUGACAACGACAAUAGCAGCAACGUCAAUGACAACGACAAUAGCAGAGGCAACGACAACGACAAUAGCAGCGACAACGACAAUAGCAACGACAACGACAAUAGCAGCGGCAACGACAACGACCACGACAAUAGCAGCGGCAACGACGACGACGACAAUGACUAUAGCGGCGACAACGACCACGACAAUGACAACGACGACAAUAGCAGCAACACCGAAAACAACGACAACGACAACAUACUAUAG